AUGCUACAAAGUCAGCUGCCAGAUGAACCAGAAUUGAGUCAUGAGAACAAGAGCAAUCCCAGUGUCUCGGGCGAGAUGAUCGGGCAGAGCUGCGAGUGUAUCGCAGAGCAUCGUCGCACUAAGGAAGGGGUUCUGAAGAUGCCGGAUCACACCACUGGUGGCAUUGCAGCAGACCCUGGGCACCCGGUAUCCGGUUCGCCUGGUAAGACUAUUUGGGGGGAGGAAAUGUUGGGGGGGAGAGAGCAAAGAACCUUACUCAAUGAGGUUAUUUUCUCCACGUCUGAAGCCGAGAAAUUUACUAGCGUCCGCGCUGGACCAGUGGGUAGUGUGGUCGGAGAUUUUAUCGCCAACCGGGUUGGUGGUUCCGAGGGCGACUUACCCCAGCCCUUAUUUUUGCCAGCUUUUGUGGUAGCGGGAAGAGGGGCGAUGGAGACCUCCCGAGACGUCAUGGCGGGUAACCACAGCUAG